AUGGUGCUUAUAUCCAUGUCAAAUGGUUUAUUGGAUACGUUGCACAAUAAAACAGAAUUACCUACUUGGUCUGAUUUGUUUGUACAGCUUGACGAUGUUCAAACAUCCACGGUAUUUGAACUCUGCGUUACCCUUUCUCAUGUUUUUGUCGACACUGAUAUUAAGAUGUCGGAAUUUCCCAAAGUGAUCUUGUGUCCUGGGACUCAAAAGCCUAAGGAACACGAGCGUGUUGUUGUAAACAUAUCUAUUGUAGUUGACGAUAAUACAAUACUUCGAAAUCAGAAAAUUACGUUCGAUGUUGGACAUGCAGAAGAUUUCGGUGUAAUGAAAGUUGUUGACGAAAUUGUAAAGGAAAUGGGUUGUGGUGAACAGUGUGACGUGUCUCUUACUCAUGACUACAGUUUCACGGAUUUGGAAAAAGAGUUUCUGAAGAUAAAUGACUCAUUCACACAUAAAGUAUUAUUCAGUGUACAUCUCCAAGAUAUUCAGAAGCUUGCAGAGUUUUGGCAGAUGUCUGAAAGUGAAAAAUUCGCCGUGGCUGAUGUAAUGAAACGUCGUGGAAAUAAACUUUUAAAGAUGGGGAUGAUCAUUCGAGCAUUCAACUGCUACAAAAGAGCGAUUAAGAUAUUAGAUGGGAGUGUUAGCGUGACUGAUCCUAAUUAUCGCCAUGAUUCAGACAUACUUGGUCUUCAACCAUGUGAUCUUAGCCCACGUCAAUUGUUGGCUGUUUCUUUGUCGAACGCAGCCCUGUGUUUAAUGAAACUUGGCACCGAACGCAAUUACAGUCUGAAGAAAUCACAAUCAAAUUUCCUUACAACAGCCAUCAAAUGUUGCGAACGGGCUAUUGAACUUGAACCAAAAUAUGUGAAGGCUUGGUUUCGUAUGGCUAAGACUCACGCCGUCUUAGGCAAUUAUGAAGAGGCUAUUGCUGCUGGAGAGAAAUACCUUUCUUGCCUUGAGGAUGAGAGCAGCUGCCAAUCGAAGUGGAUGGGUAUUGAUGAAGUAACGAAAACCCAUGCCAGUAAACAGAUGAAGAAGUCACUUUCAGAAUGGCGUACUUCACUAACUAAUGAAGAAACAGCUGAAAGGGCAACUGUUCGAAAAAGGACAGUCCAGUGGUAUUCAUCUCUCGGAGAUAUGUAUUAUGAUGAAUGGGAUGAAAUCGAAAAACUGCCGAUUUCCGUUUGGUCGAAUGAUCUAGCACAGAAUAUGAUGUCACUGCAUGAAGAGCUUGAAGCGUUUGGAGAGAAAAUGCCCGAGUUCAAAGGUUCCAGAACAAAGGGCAAAAGUCGAUUGGCACCCAUUCAAAGUGAAGACACUGAUGCUGAAGACUGUCAGCAAAAUGAUAUGUAA